AUGGCUGCCCCCGCUUUACAACAGCCAGAGUUGGAUACAACCUCAAUACCGGGUUAUGUUAUUUUCCCAGAGCAGAAUGAAACUGCACCACAGCCCACAGCCGGGCUUCGAUCACAAGUUCACCCUCUAGACCAGCUGUCUGUACAUGAAAUCUCCACAUCUGCCAAGAUCAUCCGUGACUUUGCUAGCCCCAAGUCCAUCAAGUUCAACUGCAUCACUCUUCGUGAGCCCAAGAAGAACGAGUAUGCCGCAUUCAGGUCAAGAACUGGCCCUCGCCCUGAAAGACGGGCUUUCGCAAUUGUCCUCGAACAAGGCACCCCCAAUGUUGCCGAGGUGGUUGUCAACUUGACCAAGUCCCAGGUUGAAGACUGGAGGCCUGUUCAUGAUGUUGCCCCUACUCUUACUCUCGAGGAUCUCGACGUCAUGGAGCGCAUUGCUCGCGCCGACCCUCGAGUUAUUGAGGUGUGCCGCGAGAUUGGCAUCACCGACAUGUCCAAGGUCUAUCUCGACGCCUGGGCCAUUGGCGUUGACCGCCGAUGGGGUUUCGAGCGUCGUCUCCAGCAAGGCCUCCCAUACUACAGAGCCUCAGAAUUCGACAAUCAGUACGCCCACCCGCUAGAUUUCAGCGUUGUUGCGGAUACCGAGACGGAAGAGGUCCUGAGUGUCGAUGUUCGCCGCGUCAACGGUGAGCGCACAAAGGUGCCACUUGAGCAACACAACUACUUGCCCGAGUUUAUUGGCGACGGCUACGAGCCCAACAAGCUCAAGCCCAUUGAUAUCACACAGCCUGAGGGAGUUUCCUUCCAAAUGAAGGGUAACGAGAUCCACUGGGCCAACUACAAGAUGCACAUUGGCUUCAACUAUCGCGAGGGUAUCGUCCUCUCAGAUGUCCGCAUCCACGACCCUUAUGAAAACCGUGAGCGAACUUUGUUCAACCGCAUUAGCGUUGUCGAGAUGGUCGUUCCUUAUGGCAACCCUGAACCCCCUCACCACAAGAAGCACGCUUUUGACGUCGGCGAGUAUGGUUCCGGUCUGAUGACGAACUCCUUGAAGCUUGGAUGUGACUGCAAGGGAGCUAUCCACUACCUUGACGGUGUUGUCUCAACCUCCAAGGGCCAGGCCGCGGUUAUCCCCAACGCUAUCUGCAUCCACGAAGAGGACAAUGGUCUGCUAUACAAGCACACUGAUUUCCGUGAUGCUAAUGUCAUCUCUGCCCGUGACCGCAAGCUCAUCAUUUCGCAAAUCAUCACCGCCGCCAACUACGAGUAUGGAUUCUACCACACGUUUAUGCUUGACGGCACCUACAAGCUUGAGAUGAAGCUUACCGGUAUGCUGAACACCUACUGCAUGCACCCGUCCGAGACUGCUGCCCCCUAUGGUACCGAAGUUGCCCCCGGCAUCAACGCCCACAACCACCAGCACAUUUUCUCGCUCCGUGUUGAUCCUGAAAUCGACGGGCCCAACAACUCCAUUCUCCAGAGCGACGCGGUCUCUUCAGAGGCCCCGGUAGGCUCUCCCGAGAACCCCUAUGGAAACGGCUUCUACUGCAAGAAGACGCUGCUGCGAACUGCAAAGGAGGCGGCUGUCGACUACUGCCACGAGACCCAGCGUGCUUGGGACAUUAUCAACCCCAACAAGAUCAACGAGUCCUGCAAGAAGCCCAUCGGCUACAAGAUCAUCAACAACAACUGCCCUCCGUUGCUGGCCAAGCCCGGCAGCGUUGUCUACAAGCGCGCUGCCUUUGCCCGCAAGAGUCUCUGGGUCGUUCCCUACAAGGACUACGAGCUCUUCCCUGCUGGCGACUACGUCUGCCAGUCCACCGGCGAGGAAAACCACCCUUACAACCAGAGCGUGCUCGACUGGUCAAAUCGGGAUGAGCCCAUUGAGAACACGGACAUUGUGUGCUACAUGCAGUUCGGACUCACGCACUUCCCUCGCUGCGAGGACUUCCCCAUCAUGCCCGCUGAGCCAGUUGGCAUCAUGAUCCGCGCCAGCAACUUCUUCCAGAAGAACCCUGCCUUGUGGGUGCAGCCCUCACAAAUCAAGAAUGACACUUCUUCCCGAAAUGCAUUCUCCUCAUCAAGUGGUUGCUGUGGUGGAGCCAAGUCAAAUCCUUCGUCUCGCUUGUAA